UUCCUUUCUUUUUCUUUCUCCCCAAACACUCUCUUGAGUGUUGAUGUGAUUCUCCACUGUUACUCCUCACAAAAACCCAAUCAGCCUUUAUCAAAAAGAAAACUAAAAAAAGAAGAAACAAAAGGAAGAAGAAGAAGAAGAACGAAUAUGGUUUUUACUUCAAUCCCAGCUUAUCUUGAUCCAGUCAACUGGCAACAACAACAAGUAGCAAAUCAUCAAGCUGGAGGAACAAGCGGUGCAGGCAUUCACCUUCUUCCUCCUCCUCCUCCUCCUCCUCCGCUGCCACCAGCAGUUCCCCAGCCUCAUGGAGAGGGAGGGGCUGGAUCGAUCAGGCCUGGUUCGAUGGCAGAUCGAGCAAGGCUGGCCAACAUACCAAUGCCAGAAACAGCUUUAAAAUGCCCUAGAUGCGAAUCCACAAAUACUAAAUUUUGCUACUUCAACAACUACAGCCUAUCUCAGCCUCGCCACUUCUGCAAGACCUGCAGGAGGUACUGGACAAGAGGUGGGGCCUUGAGAAACGUUCCGGUGGGUGGUGGGUGCAGGAGAAACAAGAGAAGCAAAGGGAGUAACAGCUCUAAAUCUUCUUCGGCCGUGAGCGGUGACCGGCCAACUGGGUCUGGUUCUACUGCCUCAAUGUCAUGUAAUAGUAAUGAAAUGAUAGGCCUUGGAACCCCGUUACCACAACUAAGGUUCAUGGCUCCUUUACAUCAUCUCACUGGCCAUGAUGAUUUAGGUCUGAGUUAUGGUCCAGUUUCAGCUCCACUAGUGGGAGGAACAAGUGAGUUGGUUCCUGGUACUUCUCUUCUUCUUGAUCAAUGGCGCCUUCAACAAUUUCCUUUAUUGGGUGGGUUUGAUUCUUCUUAUGGAUUAUACCCAUUUGAAGCAUCAAGCUACGGAGGUGGAGCGGGUCAGAUCCGACCCAAGUUAUCAACAACUGGGAUGGCAACUCAGUUGGCUUCUGUGAAAAUGGAAGAUAGUAAUAAUAAUAAUAAUAGUAAUCAGCAGGAGAUGAAUUUGUCAAGGCAGUUUCUUGGGGUGAAUCCAGCAGCAGGAUAUGAUCAUAUUCACCACUAUUGGAAUAAUGCUGCUACUUCAUGGAGUGACGUUUCUAGCUUCAGCUCUUCUUCAACCAGCAACCCUUUAUAGAUUGCCUCAUUUCUUAGUUUCAGUUCAGUCCUCUUGCAACUUAAAAUAUGGAGAAGCUAGUUUAAAACCCUAGAAUUAUUACCUUCUUUUCUUCUUUCAAAAAUUAGUUUUAGGUCCCAAAUUUAAUCAUUACAAGCUUGUUUGCCACAGGGUGUGCGUGAGUUGUUGGUUUUUUUAG